GUACUGACGUGGAUCUGCUGUUUGGCUAUGUCCGUGCCUCCACUGUUCGGCUGUUCACAGUAUGUCCUCGAGGGCUUCCACACAUCCUGCUCCUGGGACUAUGUGACCAGGACACUCUCGAACAGAGCCUACUGCCUGUACCUGUUGACCCUCGGCUUCCUGGUGCCUGUGGACGUCAUCCUCUACUGCUACGCUUGGCCACCAUCUUGGCACACGGCCGUGGCAUGAGUAGU